CUACCUGCGUUCACAAUGAACGGGGACUUCAUCAUUGGGGGUGCUUUUUCAAUCCACUACAAGGAGCUCACAAAGACUCACAACUACACUGCUGUGCCUGAACCACCAAGCUGUGCAAGGGGCAUCAACAGUCGAGAACUGCGCUUCUCUCGCACAAUGAUCUUUGCAAUCAAGGAGAUUAACAACAGCACGGAACUGCUGCCAGGUGUCAAACUCGGUUAUCAGAUCUACGACUCGUGCGCUUCUGUGCCCGUGUCUAUUCAGGCAGCAUUUCAGUUGUCAAAUGGGCAGGACCCUAUGUUUCAGACAGGUGAUAAUUGUUCUACAUCUGGUGUAAUAAUGGCUGUUGUAGGCGAGUCUGGUUCCACGCCAUCCAUUAGCAUUUCACGCAUUUUCGGGCCCUUCAACAUACCUCUUGUGAGCCACUUUGCAACUUGUGCCUGCUUGUCAGAUAAAGAGCAGUACCCAACAUUUUUCAGAACCAUUCCCAGUGACCAGUUUCAAGCCGACGCACUGGCCAAGCUAGUGAAACACUUUGGUUGGACUUGGAUAGGAGCUAUCCACUCGGAUUCAGAUUAUGGAAAAAAUGGCAUGGCGUCUUUUCUUAAUGUAGCACUCAAAGAGGGGAUCUGUGUGGACUACAUUGAAUCCUUUUAUCGGACAGACCCGACCAGCAAGAUUCGAGAAGUAGCUAAUACCAUCCGCAGGUCAACAGCAGUGGUUGUUGUGGCAUUUACAGCUGCUGGUGACAUGAAAUUCCUCUUAGAGGAGCUGGCCCGGGAUCCUCCACCACCUCGUCAGUGGAUUGGAAGUGAAUCCUGGGUCACUGACCCACUCUUAAUGAGCUUCAGUUUUUGUGCAGGGGCUAUUGGAGUAGCCAUUCAGCAAUCUGUCAUCCCAGGUCUGAGAGAUUUCCUUCUAGAUAUCUCUCCCUCUGAAGUGGCUGCCUCCUCAGUUCUUACUGAGUUCUGGGAAGAUGCUUUCAACUGCAGCUUGACAGAAAGUACAGCUGUAAAGGGCAAACAGUGUGAUGGAAAUGAAGACUUAAAGACACUGAAGAACCUCUAUACUGAAACGUCUAAGUUCAGAAUUACUAACAUGGUGUACAAGGCUGUUUAUGCAAUAGCACAUGCUAUACACAAUGCAGUGUGUCAGGAAAUAAAGUCAACCUCUCAGUGUGACAAACACAUCAGACUGGAGCCAAAACAGAUUUUCACUGAAUUAAAAAAAGUCAACUUCUCCCAAAAUAGUUAUCAUGUGUCAUUUGAUGCUAAAGGGGACCCUCUGGCAUUUUAUGAGUUGGUCAACUGGCAGAAAAGUGAGAGUGGAGUUAAUGAACUGAUAACAGUGGGGUACUAUGAUGCAUCACUGCCCAAAGGCCAGGGGUUUCGUAUCUACAAGAAUUUAACCUGGAUGAAGGGAAGCGUGCAAGUACCAGUGUCAGUUUGCUCUGAGAGUUGUCCUCCAGGAACUCGUAAAGUGUUGCAGAAAGGAAAACCCCUCUGCUGCUACAAUUGUAUACCAUGUCCUGAAGGAGAGAUCAGUAAUAUGACAGAUGCUCCUGAUUGCAUCCCAUGUCCUAGAGAAUUUUGGCCUAAUGUAGUGAACACGGCUUGUUUCCCCAAACCUGUGGAGUUUCUUUCCUUCGAUGAAGUCCUGUCAGUCAUCCUGGCUACUUUCUCUGUUAGUGGGGCCUGUCUAGCCAUCUUAACAGCAGUGGUUUUCUUUCAUCACAGGACAACUCCAAUGGUCAGGGCUAACAACUCUGAGCUGAGCUUCCUGCUGCUAUUCUCUCUGACUCUGUGCUUCUUGUGUUCAUUAACAUUUAUUGGAGCACCCUCUGAGUGGUCCUGUAUGCUACGACACACAGCGUUUGGCAUCACCUUUGUCCUUUGUAUCUCCUGUGUUCUUGGGAAAACUAUAGUGGUUUUAAUGGCCUUUAAAGCUACACUUCCUGGUAACAAUGUCAUGAAAUGGUUUGGUCCUCCACAACAAAGAAUGACUGUAGUGUCCUUUACAUUUAUUCAGGUUAUAAUAUGUAUUAUUUGGUUGGUUGUAAGUCCUCCUUUCCCUGUGAAAAAUUUAACCACCUACAAGGAGAAGAUUAUCCUGGAAUGUGCAUUAGGCUCUGCUGUUGGCUUCUGGGCUGUGCUGGGAUACAUCGGCCUCCUGGCUGUUUUUUGCUUUGUGUUAGCUGUUCUAGCUCGGAAACUACCUGAUAAUUUUAACGAAGCCAAGAUGAUAACCUUCAGCAUGUUGGUUUUUUGUGCUGUCUGGAUAACCUUCAUCCCAGCAUAUAUCAGCUCUCCUGGAAAAUUUACUGUGGCUGUGGAGAUAUUUGCCAUUCUGGCUUCCAGCUUUGGACUGAUGAUGUGUAUAUUUUCUCCAAAGUGUUUCAUCAUUUUGUGUCAGCCAGAGAAGAACACCAAAAAAUACUUGAUGAACAAAUAUUGAUUGUAAUGUAAAAGAUUAGGAAAUAACAUUUAAGAAAAUAUCUCAAGCAGAUAGCUUCUUUGCAGUCAGAAAAGUUCUUUACACUUUCUAAUUAUUUUUCAUCUGUGCUAAAUAAUGCACACCUGUUCUAUUCUCAUAUAAUGUUUUUUGGUAUUUAUUUGUGAG